CCUAUUUUUGCACAGCAUGCUUUAUCUACUGAUUUUCACGGCAAGGUCUAUGAGAAGGUUAAAACUUUUGUGCCUUCUGGAGAAAACUGUCUAUUGGAUUCUUAUUCGGGUGUGGACUGGACUAGAUGGCUUCUGAAAUCCAGUGAUUCAUAUUCUGAGAGUCACUGUUCUGAGGACAAACCAAGAUGGACGACUUGACUACCUCCCCAUUCUACUAUGAUUAUAAAGCUCCCUGCCAAAACUUUGAUGUGAAGUACACAGCGUCACGGCUCCUCCCCCCACUCUACUCCCUAGUGUUCAUUUCUGGCUUUGUGGGCAAUGCCCUAGUUUUUCUCAUCUUGAUAAGGUGUAAAAAACUGAAAAGCAUGACUGACAUCUAUCUGCUCAAUCUGGCCAUCUCUGAUUUACUUUUUAUCAUCACCCUCCCAUUUUGGGCUCACUAUGCUGCAGAUCAGUGGAUCUUUGGAGAUGUCCUGUGUAAGCUGCUGACAGGAUUCUAUCAGAUGGGGUUCUUUGGAGGAGUAUUCUUCAUCAUCCUCCUGACCAUCGAUCGGUACCUGGCCAUUGUCCAUGCUGUGUUUGCCCUAAAAGCUAGAACAGUCACCUUUGGCAUUUUGACAAGUGUCAUCACCUGGGUGGUGGCUGGGUUUGCCUCUCUCCCAGCAAUUAUCUUCACCAAAUCUCAGAAAGAAGGCAUCCAGAACACCUGCAGCUAUCAUUUCCCACCAGAUCAGUCUGUUAUCUGGAAGAACUUUCAAACUUUAAAGAUGAAUCUUUUGGGGCUAGUGUUACCCCUCAUUAUUAUGAUCAUCUGCUACUCAGGAAUCAUACAAACAUUGCUGAGAUGCCGAAAUGAGAAGAAGAAACAUAAGGCAGUGAGGUUAAUCUUUGUGAUUAUGAUUGUUUACUUUCUCUUCUGGGCCCCCUAUAACAUCGUGCUUCUCUUGAACACAUUCCAAAUUUUCUUUGGUCUGGACAAUUGUGAGAGCUCCAAGAAUCUGGACAGAGCCAUGCAAUUGACAGAAACACUUGGAAUGACUCACUGCUGUAUCAACCCAGUGAUUUAUGCCUUUGUUGGGGAAAAAUUUAGGAGAUAUCUCUCUACUUUCUUCCGCAAAUAUAUUGUCCGGAAUUUCUGCAAACAAUGCCCCAUUUUCCAUGGGGAGGCACUUGACAGAGUGAGCUCAACCUUUACCCCAUCUACUGGGGAGCAAGAAGUCUCUGCUGGUUUGUAAAAAAAAAAAAUUCUUUUCCCUAAAAAUAUUCUUUGGGGGAUCCUACAAGUCUUGAAAGGAAGUGAAAAUUUUAAAGAUUCAAGAACAAAGAGCCCUAAAAAUCAAGGAAACAUAAGAAUAAUCAGAUUUCAGGUACAAAACUGAACUUAAUAUUCCCACCUCUCAAGAAAUACAUCAUCCCACAGUAUCAGAAGACUCUUUGUGUAUCAAAUGAUUUCUUCUAAGUUACAACAGAAUGCUUUCUUGUAUAUAUAUAUACUACAUAUAUGCUACAGUUUUUGUGCUUAAAAUGAAAUAUAAGACUGAGACCAAAAUUUUUUUGGAAUGUUAAGAUUUUAUGAAAUAGGAAUGGAAAUUCCUUGAGUCCUAAUUUUUUUUAAGCAAGGUAAGGAGAUGGGCAUAGGACAACAUAGAAAUGAGACAAGUGGACUGGUAAGGACUGAUAAGGAGUGGAAUAGCAAUGUCUCCUGGGCCAAAAUGCAGCUAGUCAGGUAAGAGGAAGACUGCUGAUGACUUAAAAGUUCAGUGUAGAAAUGGUCACAUCAUAGGCCAGGCCAUGGUCACUGUCAUUCUAAGCCUUAGAAUAUCUAAUGCAAAUCCCUUAUUUCCCAGUGGAGAAUACUAAGGCCCAGAGAUGGGGAGAGAAUGAGAAACUAGCUCUUUAACCCUAAAGACUGGACAUGUUCAGAACAAGUUGGAUAAUUCAACUUCCCAGAUGCAAAGUACUGGCUUAUUCAUGUUGUUUGUGUCCUUUUAUAUAUUUGCUAUCUACUCCAUCAGAUCAUUCUGGAUAAGAAUGUAGACAAUAUCCUGGAUAAGGAGCCUCCAGCUUUCAUUUAAAGGGAACUUAUUAAAUGGCUAUGCUCUUUUUUUUCCUAAAGCAUCUUCAGGAUAUAACUUAGAAACUUGGUCAGCUCAGAUGGCCAAAGCUGAUAUUUUUGUUGGUGCUGCUCAAAAAAUAGACUCUUUGGUUUGCUUUCUAGAACUUCAUUUUUUUUAUCUAGAUGUGACUUUAUUUACAAAAUAAAAUUUUCCUAACAA